AUGAAGUUCCGACCUUGUAUCGACCUUCACAAUGGACAGGUGAAGCAGAUUGUUGGUUCUACUUUGAAUGAUGAGACAGAAUCGGAUAAACUGAACACCAACUUUGAGACAGAUCGUCCAUCGCAAGACUACGCCACGAUGUAUCAAAAGGAUAAACUGUUGGGAGGACAUGUGAUCAUGCUAGGACCUGGAAAUACAGAGGCCGCGAAGGCUGCUUUGGGUGCCUAUUCAAAGGGCUUGCAAGUUGGAGGGGGGAUCAACGACACGAAUGCUAAGGAAUGGUUGGAAGCAGGAGCCUCUCACGUGAUUGUAACAUCUCACGUCUUUGCAAACGGUCAAAUUCACAUGGAACGACUCAAGAAACUGUUAGAAAUCUGCGGAAAAGACCGAUUGAUCCUGGAUCUAUCAUGUCGCAGAAAGCCGGAUGCACCGGAAGGAGAUUACUACGUUGUCACAAACCGGUGGCAAACCUUUACUGACUACAAGGUGAACGCCGAAAGCCUGAAAGAGUUGGCGAGUUACUGUGAUGAAUUCUUGGUUCAUGGUGUCGAUGUGGAAGGAAUGCAAUGUGGAAUUCUUGAAGACUUGGUCGUUCUGUUGGGUCAACAUUCGCCCAUUCCAGUGACGUAUGCAGGAGGUGUAAGGUCGAUAGAAGAUUUGGAACUUGUGAAGCGACUAGGCAACGACAAGGUCGAUGCCACCGUUGGGAGUGCAUUGGACUGUUUUGGAGGCGAGCUAAAAUAUGUCGACGUUGUGGCGUGGCACAACCAGCAAAAUUAA